AUGCGUCUGCCGACCGCCAGAUAUGAGCCUUACAUGCAGAAAUUCUACGAGUCACUGGGCAGAUCGAUCGGCUCCCAUCCAUGGCUAUACAUUAUUGCUCUCGUCACCUUCACCCUCAUCUCAUCGGCCGGUCUCCUGCGCUUUCAUCAGAUCAACAAUGCCCGACUGACAUUCACCGAUUCGCGAGCCCCGUCGAGAUAUGAGGGACGGGUGGUUGAACAAUUCCUACGCCAAAACGGCACCCUCAGUAUUGUCGAGGUGCUCGUAUCGGCCCGCGACAACGGCAGUCUGCUACGCCCCGACCAAUUUCGACAACUCCAAAAGUUGGCACGCGACAUCAGGAAGCUGACCGUGUGGGACGACGGCUCAAAACGGCGCAUCGGAUUCGUCGAUCUGUGCGAGCCGUACUGUCAGAAAAACGAUGCGUUUGAUGCGGUCACCCGGGUCAUUGAUGCCAAUUUGAGCAGCGUUGAAAUCACAUAUCCGACAACGGAAAUCCUUGGGGAAAAGGUGUUCAUCGCCAACAACUUCUACCGCAUCCGCGUCGACCUCGAGACGAAACGGCUGUUGGAUUUCCGGACGGUAUUGCUGCACUAUUUCCUCGUCCACGCUGACCCGUCAUUAAUGCUCAAAUGGGAAAAUGAGCUGGUAAAGUUGUGCUACGCGUCGAAACGCUACAACUUUCUUCGCGUCCUCGUUGUCACCGAUUUCCUCGUCGCCAAGGAGGUUAAGAAACUCGGCACCGACACGGCACCACUUCUCUCUAUUGCACUCGCCGCGCUGAUGGUUUUCCUCUGCGUCUCUUCGUUACGCUAUCACCGGGAAGAAUCGAAGCCAGUCGAGGCGGUGCUCGGCGGGGCGAUCCCCAUCUUGGCAUCAGUGGCCACCAUCGGCAUCGUCUCGGCCACCGGAUUAGCGUUCCAAAGUAUUGUCGUCAGCACGCUGUUUUUGUUGUUGGCGAUAGGGGUGGACGACGUUUUCAUCAUGUUGGCGGCAUGGCAUCGUACGGAUCGAAGAUGUCGGGUGGAGGAACGGGUCGCCGCAACUGUUCGGGAAGCGGGCUGCUCGAUGACGGUGACCACCGUAACCAAUCUAAUCUCAUUCGGCAAUGGCGUGUUUUCGUCCACACCCGUCCUUCAGACGUUCGCCAUCUACUCUACCGUGGCCUCGGCCGUGUGCUUUGCCUUUCAGCUGCUCCUCUUUCCGGCCAUUUUGGCCCUGACCGCCAAUAGGGAAAUACGAGACGAUACUGUAGCCAACAAAAAACGACAUUCCUGCCUCCCGGAUCGUCUCGAAUUCGUCAAAAAAGGCGGUAUUCUGCACGACGACAUUUUUCGGCAGCUUUCCCAUUGGGUUUGCUCAACAUGGAUGAGGGCUACGGUAGUUCUGUUCCUCUGCAUCUACUGGUCCAUUUCGCUAUACGGUGCCCUUCAAGCGCGUACCGAGCUGGGCAUCCAGCACUUUGCCGAUAAAUCCAGCCUAACCGCCCAAUUCAAGGUGGAACACGAGGAGGUUAUUAAGUCGAUGCAAACGCUGGCCAUCGUCGUGCAGACGGCGGGCGAUCUGCGAAAUAGCACGAAUAUGGAGAGACUUAGUUCGAUGAUCAGGGCCUUCGAGACGGAGCAAUACUCAUAUGGGGCCGAGUCGACGUUUUGUUGGCUGGAGCGGUACGAGGAAUUCCUGCAAUUCUACGAGGUCACCGACGAGGAGGGGAAGGAAAAAUUCACCUAUAUGUACCUGCCGGAUUUUUUGGCCUCCCCUGCUAAACAACACUAUCGAGGGACAAUAAAGAUGAACGAGUCAGCCUGCCGGGUGGACCAUCCCGACUGUAUCGCCUCGUUUCUCUUCACCACCGGCUUCACUACCGUAUCCCACUACAACGAGAUGCAUCCGCUCAUCGAAAAAUGGCGGGCAAUUUCCAGAAAAUACCCGGAAUUCGCGGCCGUCUCCUACACCGAAAGACAUAUGUUUGCCGAUCAGUCCGCCAGCCUCCCGGGUGUCAUUUGGGAGACUCUCUGGUCCGAAGUUUUUUGUAUGGGCCUCUCCUUUCUAAUCUUCAUCCCCGAUACCGUGUCCAUCGCCGCCGGCAUGUUCGCCCUCGUUUCGGUGAAUUUGGGCGUUUUCGGCUUUCUGACCCUGUGGGGUGUCCAUAUCGACCCGAUCAGCAUGGCCGCAUUAUUAAUGUCGAUCGGCUUUUCCGUGGACAUUUCGGCUCAUAUCAGCUAUCAUUUCUACGAUGUCAAGGGAAAGACAACACGCGACCGCCUCGAGACAACUUUUCUGCACAUCGGCUGGCCGACGAUACAGGGCGGAAUGGCGACGCUGUUGGCCAUGGUAUUCAUUCUGUUGCGGCCCAGCUAUUUGGGAAUCGUCUUUUUAAAGACCGUUUUCCUCGUGGUCCUCUUCGGUCUCCUCCACGGUCUCAUCGUUCUGCCCUGCUUCCUGUCGUUAUUUUCGACCGUCAGCGUGCCGAGUCAAGCUCCGCCCAUUCCGAAGAAAAAGCAUCCACAACCGGAUGCAAUGGACAACCAACAAAUGACCGUCCGGAACGACUUA